AAAACCAGUGGAGUGCUCGUCGUGUCUCUCAGAGCAUCUGUAGUUUCUGCUAUCACCGGAGCGCUCAACCAAGCCGCCGUUUGAGUUGCUGGAAACAUGCCCCUGGGAGAUUCAGUUUAAAGGAACCUCGGUGGCAUUCGUCUCCUUAAAACCAGCUUUUCGGCGCCCCGACUGUCGACGCUCCAUCAUGUUGUCCCGGCUGAGGAGCAGCUUUUCCUUGAGGCCUGCCUUCGUGCCUGCCUGCAGAUGGGCACACACCAAAGAGAAGGGCAAGCCGUUAAUGCUCAACCCCCGCACCAACAAAGGAAUGGCCUUUUCUUUACAGGAGCGACAGAUAUUGGGCUUGCACGGCCUGCUGCCUCCUAAAAUCGAAACGCAAGACCUCCAGGCCAUGCGCUUCCAAAACAAUCUCAAGAAAAUGACGGAUCCCCUUGAAAAGUACAUUUACCUGAUGGGCAUCCAGGAGAGAAACGAGAGGCUCUUCUACAGAGUGCUGAUGGAAGACAUUGAGGAGCUGAUGCCCAUCGUCUACACGCCCACUGUCGGCCUGGCCUGCACACAUUAUGGGCACAUCUUUCGACGACCGAAGGGCUUGUUCAUCUCCAUUCUGGAUAGAGGACACAUCCGCUCGAUUUUGGACAACUGGCCAGAGACCAAUGUGGCCGCAGUCGUCGUGACUGAUGGCGAGCGUAUUUUAGGCCUGGGGGACCUGGGCGUUUAUGGCAUGGGAAUCCCUGUUGGCAAACUCUGCCUGUACACGGCAUGCGCCGGCAUCAGACCUGAAAGGUGCCUGCCCGUCGUGAUUGACGUCGGCACAAACAACGAGACUCUCCUCAAGGAUCCGCUCUACAUGGGCCUGUACCAGAGGAGAGACCGUUCUCAGGCUUACGAUGACCUCAUCGAUGAGUUCAUGGAGGCCGUGGUGGACAAAUAUGGGCAGGACACGCUGAUCCAGUUUGAAGAUUUUGGGAACCACAACGCCUUUCGCUUCCUCAGGAAGUACAGGGAGAAGUACUGCACCUUCAAUGAUGACAUCCAAGGCACUGCAGCUGUGGCCCUUGCUGGUCUGCUUGCAGCUCAGAGAGCCACUGGGAAGCCCAUCACAAAACAUCGAGUGCUUUUCCUCGGAGCCGGAGAGGCUGCUCUCGGCAUCGCAAACCUAAUUGUCAUGGCCAUGAUGGAGUCGGGCAUGUCGCAGGCGGACGCCAGGGAUAGGAUCUGGAUGUUCGACAAAGACGGCUUACUCGUAAAGGGAAGGUUGCAAGCAACGGACGGCAACCAGGAAGCAUUUGUUCAUGAGAGUCCUGGUGACGUUCACAGCUUUUUGGAUGCCGUCAACACCAUCAGACCGACGGCUAUCAUUGGUGUGGCGGGAGCCGGUCGACUGUUCAGCCAUGAUGUCAUCAAGGCCAUGGGCGCCAUGAAUGAGCGGCCCAUCAUCUUCGCCCUGAGCAACCCCACUGCCAAAGCAGAGUGCACCGCAGAGGACGCCUACACCCUGACGGAUGGUAGAUGUCUUUUUGCCAGCGGGAGCCCGUUUGGUCCCGUGACUCUGAGUGAUGGACGAGUCUUCACUCCCGGACAAGGCAACAACGCUUACAUCUUUCCAGGUGUGGCUCUGGCUGUCAUCCUGAGCGGAGUGCGCCACAUCAAUGACACGGUGUUCUUGGAGGCUGCCAAGACGCUGGCAGACCAGCUGACUGACAAAGAGCUGCAAGAAGGCCGACUGUACCCGCCUCUGUCCAACAUCCGAGAAGUGUCUCUGCAGAUGGCUGUCAAGGUGGUGGAAUAUGUGUAUGCCAAAGGCAUGGCGUUUCGCUACCCAGAGCCAGUGGACAAGAAUGCCUUUGUGCACGCCACCGUGUGGAACACCAACUAUGACUCCUUCCUGCCCGACACCUACAACUGGCCUGGGGUCAGCUUCAGCCCCGAUUCGAGUAACUCGUAGUACACUCACUCCUCCUUUAGUGACCUUGUGCACCUAAUUCAUUACAAUCACACUGCAGAGGACAACUGAGCACGUAUUAUGUUAAGUUACAGCUGCCAUGUGCCAGCACGGGUAUUUUACUUUGGUAUCGCCACUGUUCUCUCUUGCCUUUGUAGCCAAUACAUUUAACACUUGCACCCUCUAGUGGUGCAAAAGGGCAUCCGACUCUAUAGUUGAAGUGCUGAAAGCUUCAAGAUGCACAAGCUGAUCCAACAAUGAAUUGAACUCAUGAAUUAAGAUUAAUCAGGGCACACACAUCCUUAACAGAGUAGUCGAUUUCUAAAAUCGAGCAGACACUUCACAGGAUGAGAAAAAAAAUUGCUGUAGUACUGUAUAUGGUGUACUUGAGAUGACCAACACAAAAGGAUUUGCGACCGUAAGCAACAAACAAGUUUAACAUUUAUGAUUUCAACUCAUCAUUUUUCGAGCGCAGUGGAGAAGGAACAACAAAUCUUAACAGACGUUCGACAGUCAAAAUUACGUCUGUACCAAACUUCAGUUAUUCCGAACUUUAUAGCAAAUAAAUAUUCAUGACAAUACUGUAUUAGGUAAAAUUAUGUCGUUCUUUGCACAUUAAUGUGCAAUAAUAAUGUAAAAAAGCUAAAUCGAUUUUUUUUUUCAAAAAGCACUCCACGUAGAAAAAAAUCAUGUCUGCAUCAUCCAGCUGACGCAACAUCCAUGUAUGUCCAUGCUUUGUUUUUGUUGCUUAAUGGUAUUUGCUGUUGUAUAUUGUUUAGAGCACCGCUUUCAAUGACUUCCCAUCAUUAUUACUCUCCCCUGACAUUUCUGUGCAAAAGAAGCAUCGUAUGAAGCCAUGCUUUUCCAAGUGAGGGCCUACGAAGGCAACUUUUUAAGUGCUGUUGCUCUAAGGACUGUGGUGUUAAACUCAUGUCACAUUUGGGAAAGUAGGGCUUUAAAUCUUAGGUCAGGAUUGCAGAUGCGAUAUGAUCCUUUUCCGAUUUGCACAAUGCAAGUUGUUGGUGAUUUGUGUGAAUGCGUGUGUGUGUGUGUAUAUUGUUGUGGUGCUCACAGGAAACUGACAAUUGAAAUGAUUCAUUUUUAUUCAUGGAUUUAAUCUCCUUUAAAAGUACACAAGCAUUCACUCGCCAUCCUGCUGGGAAAACUGUUGAAUUGCACACCUUUUAUUUUGAGUGUCCAUUUUCCUCUCACUUAUAUGCUUUGAAAAAGUAUUUCUAAUUGUGUCAUGCAGACUGAAGUACAGAUAAUGUCUAAUCUAACCUGUUUGCGCAUGUAAAAUACCUACAUGGUAGCCUGAUAUAUUUUCUGUACUUUGCAAAUUUUUACAGCGCAUACCAGUCAUUUUUGCUAAAUCUACAUGAGCGAAUGAGGGGGAAAAAAAGAGUGAAAUAUGACAUGUUUUGUAGGUCUAUUUUUCUAAUUUCUUGUAGUACGUGUUCAUAUUUUUAUUCAUGUAUUAUUCAC